UUUUUUGUUACUGGCAAGAAGCAUCUGAAACGCGUGUGAAGUGAGCCGAAGUAGGACAAUCCAAAAAUCGCCAUUUUUACUUUAGUGAAGGGAGAUUUUAUAUUUGUCAGGCUGGAGGACGAAGAAUAUUUUGAAAAAAGUGUGUCAUUAUAUUUAAUUUCUCGUAGCCGGGAUUAUUAUUUGAAAAAGUCUUAGUAUAAUAGUGUGGUUUUAUUUCUUACUAACGUUUGUAUGUAGUGCUACUUCCCCAUCGUAAGGUUGCUCGUUGGUGUGUCGCUUUAGCUAAUUCGAUGGCUAUGAUAUCGAAAUUGUAAUCUAACGUGUCGCUUUGACAUUCUCCGGGUCUGAUAAUAUCGAGAAAGUGAGGCGACGCCGUUAGAAAUGAGCAGGCCUCAAGGCGGACGCAUACAAGUUCCUGAUGACCUUAGAGAAAUAUUACUGGAGUUUACCAUAAGUUACCUUCUGGAGCAACCGGGAGACGUGAUCAACUACGCUGUUGAAUUCUUCACAAGGUUACAGAACAACAGGACGACUACCAUUGUGAGAGGCCCCGCUGCCGGCACGCCCGAUGAGUCCAUAAUAUCAGAUGAAGAAGAGCCGCCAGUGGCGCGCUUCAACAACCGUCGUAAGUCGGUCUUCGCGGAGACUUACGACCCGGAGGAGGAUGACUCUGACGAGGGAGCCCCCGCCGUGUUCCCCAAGUCGGAUGCCCAACGCGCCCGGCUGGCGGAGGCGGUGCGAGGCAUCCUGCUGUUCCGUUCGCUGGACGCCCAGCAAAUGCAGCAGGUGUUGGACGCCAUGUUUGAGAAACGCGCCGAGCCUGGCGAGUACGUGAUCCGGCAGGGCGAUGACGGCGACAACUUCUACGUCAUCGAGAACGGCGUGUUUGACGUGCUCGUCACCGGCGACGACCGUGUGGAGAAGGUGGUGCACACGUACGAAGGCUCCGGCUCCUUCGGCGAGCUGGCGCUAAUGUACAACAUGCCUCGUGCGGCCUCGGUGCGAGCCCAGACGCCCGGCGCUCUUUGGGCCAUGGACCGCCACACCUUCCGCCGCAUCCUGCUUAAGAGCGCCUUCAAGAAGCGCAAGCUGUACGAGGAGCUCCUCGACAAAGUGCCCAUGCUGAAGGCGCUGCAGCCUUACGAACGCGCCAACUUGGCCGACGCCCUGGUGCCUCGCACGCUGAUCGACGGCGAGCUGAUCAUCCGGCAGGGCGACACCGCUGACGGCAUGUACUUCGUGGAGGACGGCUCCGUCAGCAUCCGCAUCACGCGCGACGACGGCAACGAGCACGAGAUCAAGCGGCUCGGCAAAGGAGGCUAUUUCGGAGAGCUGGCGCUGGUGACCCACAAGCCUCGCGCGGCUUCUGCUUACGCCGUGGGACCCACCAAAGCUGCUUUCCUCGACGUGGAAACCUUCGAGCGCCUGCUCGGGCCGUGCAUGGAGAUCAUGAAGCGCAACAUCGACGACUACGAGGAGCAGCUCGUCAAGCUGUUCGGCGACAAGAGCAACCUCACCGACGUGCGAUGAGCGCGCACCACGCCCUUCCGCGACCAGUGAGGUGCGUCGCGUCCACCGAAUGUCUGUGUGUCCCGGUGUAUUGAGCCCACUAGUUAAUAGUACGUGCAAUAACUACAUAAUUACUGUCAUUAUCUAUGUAUGUCGUUCAUAAUAUCAUGUGUUAAAUUUUGUCUGUGUGGAAUUUAUUUAUAGAUUUUAAAUCAUAGCAUAAGGUAUAUAUUUCGCUAUACACGGUGUU